GCGAGUUUCCAUAUGUUCAGUUUACUCGGCCGAACUGAAUCGUACGCUUUGUGGUUCACGCAGGUUUAACACGCGCAAGAGAUCAUUCGCCGCCGAGAAAGUACAUUGCAUCAAGUCAAUUAAUUUGUUGAGUUGAAUUUACUGAGAAGGAGAGCUGCACUUUUGCACUCGUUUGAGCAGCAGUGUGAUGCAGGCAGGAGUCUGUCUGAGACAGGACACUGAGACAACACUACCAGAGCUCACUGAGCAACACAGGAUCAGAAAGAAAGAAGAGGAAUUCAGUGGAUUGGGGUCUGUCCACAUGGCAGAGUCAGAGACAGAGUGUGCUGCACCAGGACUCAACACACUGGAGCCAGAGUGUGUCACAGCACACAGCGUGGGUGGGCGUGGUUUGGCGUCGGCUGCAGAGAGAGUGACAGGAGCGGCUCUCAGAUCCAUCGUCACAGUUGUCAGGCGGAGGUAAUCAGCGCCGAUAAUUGCUAAUUGUUUGAUUGCGCUGAUUGCCUCUGAUUGUUUUCAACAGUGAGCCUGGGGUUUAAAAGGCCGAGGCCAGGAGUCUUUGCGAGAGAGCUGACGACGGAGAAAGAACAGCUCUAUGGUUGUUGAGAGGAAAUACCAACAAAAAAAAAACUUCAUUUUGUCAAAGAGCCGGUUGGCUGUAAUAAAAGAGCACGUAAGUGCUGAAAUAAACUGACAGUCUCACCUCCCACGUGCUCUCCGGCCUGUGGGGAUUGUGGCAGAGACUUUCACUGGUCCAGAUGGACGGGUCCGGACUGCUAAAGUGAAGAAGCUGAUGAUGGAGGAUACCUUACUUUGAGCUGAAGGAGUGACCGAAAGGUGGGAACGGUGUCUAUAGUGAUCUGUCGUCCUGACCCUGCGAUUUAAAAAUGGAACUCACAAUCUCCGAAAUGAACUCUUUCAUCGUUGGCCUAUCGAAGACAACCUGCAACCGAUGUCAAGCACUGAGCUGCAUGUCUGCACACCUCUGAGCAGCAGUAUGAUGCAGGCAGGAGUCUGUCUGAGACAGGACACUGAGACAACACUACCAGAGCUCACUGAGCAGCACAGGAUCAGACAGAAAGAAGAGGAACUCAGUGGACUGGAGUCUGUCCACAUGGCAGAGUCAGAGACAGAGUGUGCUGCACCAGGACUCAACACACUGGAGCCAGAGUGUGUUACAGCACACAGUGGGGUCAGUGAUGUACACCACACACACAUAUCACUGAUUAAAAUAGAAACUGAUCUGGGCUCCACCCACUCUGGGGAUCUUAAGACAGAGAAUUUUGACAGUGCAGAGCUGGGAUAUGUAAACCACCUGCAUACUGACCAAAUCAAAACAGAAGCUGAUGAUGGAGGAUACCUAAAGGUGGACCAUAUUAGUGACUUACAGGAUUUAAAACCUGUUGAUAUUAAAUGUGGUCAAAUCAAGUGUGAAUCCAGUGAAGGUUUAGAGAAUGAUCUCAUGGAUACUGUGAUGACUGGAGCUGUUACUCGCAAAGACCAGACUGAAUCAGGGCAAUGUGCAGGAGAGCCAAACCCAAACUGUAAAAAAGAAGAAAUUCAUGAUUUUCUGACCAGUUGUGGGGACUUAACUCAUCACUGUGACAAAAACAAUGGAAAUAAUCUGAGCAGAAUUGUCCAGAAAAGUACAACCAGUAGCAAAAAAAAUGUGCAUUGUCAUAGAAUGAAUGUGAUGUGUGAACCCAUGAUAAUUAAUUCAAGUGAAAAUCCGAGUGUUUUGAAUUUAUUUAAAAACAAGACAAUUCAUAGAAAUAAAAGGGAUAUUCAUACAGAUGAAAAGCCCUACAAGUGUACACAGUGUGGGAGGUCAUUUUCUCAAAUGUGUUAUUUAAACCGCCACCAGAGAAUUCAUACAGGUGAAAAGCCAUUCAAAUGCAGUCAGUGUGGGAAGUGUUUUAAUUCAAAAUCUUAUACAGAUAUACACCUGAGAAUUCAUACAGGUGAAAAGCCCUACAAAUGUCCUCAUUGUGGGAAGUGUUUUUCCCAAAUAUCUCAUUUACGUAACCACCAGAGAAUUCAUACAGGUGAAAAGCCCUACAAAUGUCCUCAGUGUGGGAAGUGUUUUUCCCAGUUAUCUCAUUUAAAUAGGCAUCAGAGAAUUCAUAUAAUUGAAAAGCCCUACAAGUGUUCUCACUGUGGAAAGUGUUUUUCUUCAAUAUCUUAUUUAAAUACCCACCGUAGAAUUCAUACAGGUGAAAAGCCCUACAUGUGUUCUCAGUGUGGGAAGUGCUUUUCGAUUACAAGUCAUUUAUAUCGCCACCAGAGAAUUCAUUUAGAUUAAAAUUCCUACACGUGUACUGUGUGUGGGAGGUAUUUUUCCCAAAAGGUACUUUAAAUAGGCACCAUAGAAUUCAUGCAGAUUAAAAGCCCUACAAAUGUACACAGUGUAAGUGCUUUUCAAAAAUGUCUAAUUUACAUAGUCACCACAGAAUUCAUACAGGUGAAAAGCCCUCCAAUUGUUCUCAUGGUGGCAAGUGUUUUUCUUCAAUAUCUAAUUUAAAUACCUACCGUAGAAUUCAUACAGGUGAAAAACCAUAUCAAUGUAUUCAGUGUGGGAAGUAUUUUUCCCCAAUGAAGCACCUUAAAUGUACACAAGAUGAUUCAUACAGGCGAAAAGCCCUACAAAUGUGUUCUGUGUGGGAAGUGUUUAAUACAAAAUCUUAUUUACAAACACACCUGAGAAUUCAUAGAGGUGAAAAGCCAUACAAAUGUUCUCUGUGUGGGAAGUACUUUUUAUGUGCAAGUCAUUUUCAUUGUCAUCAGUGAAUUAAUUCAGGUGAAAAGUCCUAGCUUGUAGAAGAACAAAAUCUACUUUAAACUUAAACCUGAGAAUUAUUACAGGUGAAAAGUUUUUCAUAUGUAAGUAAUGUUUACAUAAAAAAUAUCAUUUUAAUGACCAAAAAAGAAAUACAGGUGAGUAACCUAACAAGUGUACUAUUGUAGUGUUUCAUGAAAGCAUCCUUUUCAUGAUGCAUUCUGUGUGGGAAGUGUUUCAAAUUUAAAAGAAAAACAAUGCAUACAAAAUAUUAUUUUUAGACAAACCACUGUUAUGGUUUCCUGUGUGUUGGGUGUUUAUUUUGAGUUAAAGCAGUUUAUGAAAGGUGGUAAGCAGACCAUUUUAUAGUGUUUGUAAUGGUGCAGUUUAUAGUUCUGUUUUUGAUAUUCCUUGCUGAUCGUAUUUUGUACAGAUGUCUGAAAAACAGCAGAAUAACUGGGACAAACGGAGCUGCCUUUUCCCUUUUGUUACAAGUGUUUGUGAAUGUUUUUUUUCUAAAGAGUGUCAUUUUAAUUCCUUGUAAAUGUAAAAUGUAAAAACUGGUUGCAUGUACUGUAUAAAGAAACAUGAUGGUGUGUUUUGUUACAUGGAAAAUAUUUUGCCUGGAGGUAGAGAUUACUACUGGCUGGAUAUCCCAACUAUUUGUCUAUCACUGUCACCCCUGUUGUUAGAAACAGAAGUAAACUUUCAUUUUUGUAGAGGUGUUCAAUAGCUGAGCUGGAUUCCCUUUUAACAUAUUUAUGAUUGGUCUCAUUAGAAAGAGUCUAAAACCAUGAAACCUUUGGUAAAUAUGAUGCUUAGUCCUGCAACAACAUAAGGCAAAUGCAGUAAUUAAACCAUUGACUUAUAGUUAAGCCAGUCCUGGUCUGACCCCCCUUAAACACCUCCCCAAUCAGUGUGGCAAUCCUCCUCUGUUAAUUAACUGCAGGUGGGCCAGAAGGAAGGUGGGGUGUCCCUCCAUGGCUUGAAAAUGAAAACCAGAAACAAAAGGCAUUUUUGCAGGAACAAAACAAAACAACAGAAACAAAAUCGGCAUUACUGUUCCUGAGUAAGAACAUCAAAUAAAUUUAGAUAACCGUUAAUAAAUUAACCUAGGGGGCAGAAUGAUUUGAAGUCUGAAUUUCAUGUAGGAGGUCUUCAUUUACUAAAGAGAUCAUCAUCCCGGACAUUAAAUCUAGAGCCCGACCGAUGCCAGAUUUUUGGGUCCGAUGCCGAUCCCGAUUUUGGAGAGUCCUAGCCCACCGAUUACCGAUGUUUUGACCGAUAUUUUGUCAAAAAG